AUGCAGCGCAUGUCAUCGUUUCUGCCCUCGUGGGAUAAGCGACACUCGAGCUCCAACUCUGCCGCUCCCUCUGCCUCUGCCUCUGCCUCUACCGCCGCCUCUGCCCCUGCCACCCCGAAACCAAGCGGAAUAUUCGGCUGGGCUGGCCGCAAUAGAAAUUCCAACAAUGCCUCUAAUUCCUUGGUCGCCAAGCAUCUCGCCCGGAUCAAUGUUGCCGCUGCCAAUGGCGGCAGGGUCCAACGCGAGGCCUUCUGGCCCUCAACACUCGACAUGGAGUGUCUCAAGGCAGCCCGCAUUUUAAAGUCUUUCUGUGCCGACGGCUAUCUUGCUCCUAUAGAUGGCGACACGCCGGCGCGUGCAUCAAUCUCGGAGCUUCACUCACCCGUCAAAAUCACCAAAAAGAUACCCAAGCGCGUCAUACAAAACGCCGCGGGCAUCGCAGUCUUCACAUGCAUGAGGAGUGGCCUGUGGAUGACUGGCUCCGGUGGUUCCGGCAUUCUCAUUGCCAGGAAAUCCGACGGGACAUGGUCGCCGCCUUCGGGUAUUAUGCUUCACACGCCGACGCUCAGUUUUAUAAUCGGUGUCGACGUCUACGAUUGUGUUCUCGUUGUGACCCAUCCCUCUGCGCUGGAGUCGAUCACCCGGCCCCGUGUUACUCUGGGAGAAGACGUCACGUUGUGCAACGGACCCUCAGUUGCCAUGGAUUCCGACCAUGCCAACUUCAACUGGAAGGACCUCGAUAAUACAGUUUUAGCGUACAUGAAAGCUCGUGGCCAACAUCAAGCUGUGAAUCUGCAGGGCUGCAUUCUCACAGAACGCGGCAAUGAGAACGAGCGCUUCUAUGGCGUCGACGUAACCCAGAUGGACAUUCUUGCCGGCAAUGUUGCACGCCAUGUUGAGGAAACCAGGCCUUUGUUCGAAGUCAUCAAGAUGGCUGAAGGCCGGACUGACUAUGACAAUGCAGUUGUUGACCAAACUGCUAUCGAGCCUGCCCCUGGUGAUGCAGUCAUUGCCACUCCCAAGUCUACACCGGCGUCUCCACGCUCGGCCUUUGGAAUACCAAAACCCGAUGACCCCGAUCCGUAUGGUGUCCUUGCUUUGGAAAUGGCUGGUCUUGAGAUUCGCGAGGCUGGCACCCGUGUACGACCCGCAAGCAACCAAUUUGAAAUCAACUCCAACUCUCGCAGCCCAACGCUCUCCAAGUUCGGAAGACAGAGCAUCGACACGUUUGUCAGCAAGAGCAAUCGAGCCAGCGUCAUGUCUGCCCGCACCGUCAAGAGUCAGAUGACGGAUGCUGGAACGCAAACUGGUGGCAAUACAGCAGAAACCACACCGAGCCCGGGCCAAAGCGAGAAUGGUCAUGAGGGCGCCGCUAUUGACCGCAUCCCAGAAGUUAGGGAGGAUGACGAGGUCGACUACACCGCUGUUGAUUUCACACCAUUGAGACACCUCAGUCAGGCACACUCGAUUGACCUGGUCCUUCCUGAUGGAGAGCCGGCGGUCCCCCCACGAAAUAGGCUUCGGGCCUCUGCACCGUUGUCCUGCAGCAAUCGAGAUACUGAGAAGCCAGUCAAAGGGUCAAUCGAAGAGGAGAAUAAUCAGAUGGAGGACGAGGAGGACGAACUGGAAUACGACACCAACGAUGCUGAUGACGAAGAUGAUUUGGAGGAUUCCGAUGAAGAGCCCGUUGUCUUUGAGGUUGCCCAGGUGCAACCUACCAGAACUAGGGCGGUGGCCUCGCGCAUGAUCCAAGCAAAAGGCAGCGUGGUGACGAUUCCCAAGCGAAUUCCUCCUCCGCUGCCCACCCGGAGCCCAGCGAGAAACUCUAGAUGCAAGGAAAGCGACAAUGGUACGGAGGGUGGCACAGCCCGGAGCCCUCUGCGCCAGGCAUUCAGCGAAGGCGACUUGCGUGGCGGAGAGGAUGCCCCAGACGGCCAAUCUCAGCCAAGUCCGGCACGCAUUGUAUCGAGCAAGUCGGCCGAUCUCGGGCGGACUCAUAGCAACAACAUGGACAAUAUGGCAUCAAAAGAGGUUGACAGAGAACAAAGACCGGCGCGUGAGCAUCGGGCGGAUGAGGGUAGCAGAGCGACACCAUCCAUGGGUCAUGUGAUGAUGCCGGGCAGCCUUCCCGCUGAUGACACAGAUGAAGAAGCCAAGAAGACCAAUGGUGCGGAUUCGGCUGAGGAAGUCAUCUCCAAUAAUACCAUCACACCAGAAAACGUCCCACUUCCUGAAGACGGAGACGUUGACGGCUUUACAAGUUCCAAGCCCGAGGAGGCCGAAUCAGACUAUGCGUCCAUUGAAGAGCGCGCGACGGAAGAUGACGAGUCCAUCAAAACCCCUACUGACAACUCGGACUCCACUACGAGCAAGAAGUACACCUCCUCCAUCUACACUGGUAUGAACGAGGAUCGUUGGAGUAUUGAUCAGUCGUCUUUAACGACUCCUAUUUCCGAACGACCGUUGUCAGUGACGGAGUAUUCAACUGAAGAAGACGCACCCAAGAAAACUGCGAGACAGGUGCAAUUGCAAGACGAAAAGCCUCCGAAAUGUCGGACAGCCCAAAAGCCGGAUUUGGCCGCGUCGGCCAUCACUAUUUCAUCCAGCUAA